AAAGGAGGGGGGGGGAAGAGAGAGAAAGGGUUUGUAGAGUUGAUAAAGCUUUAGAGUUUGGUUGCAACUGGGAUUCUGAAUGGAUUGGAUCUGGACUUCAGGCAUCUGUUUAUGCCCUGCUUUUUAAAAAUAUUGUUUUUGGAUUUUCCUCUUUUCCCAAGCCUGGAUCCUUCGUGAUGUGGGGAGGGAAAAGUUUGUGAUACACUGGUUUCCGUCUUUUCCCCCUUUUCCUUUUUAAAAGAAGCUUUCAUUCCGCGCCGCCCCUCCGCCCCAAGUCUUUUGAACAAUUUCACCCCACGUUCUGCAAAGCCUUUGGGGAAGAAAGUGUGGAGGCUGCGGUGAUGGGGAUCACGACCGCCGAUUUCCCCCGUCCGGGUUUGGGGCUUUGGACCGACGUUUUUGAGCGCCUGAAUAUGGAAUAAAGCAGGAGACGACUGUUUUGCUUUUGCAAAGCUGCUGCCCCCCUCCCCUCCUCCGGGGAGCCUGCCUUUGCUUCAUCCCGUACACACGCCUGCUGCAAGGGAAUAGCAGAUCGUUUACUCGGAGCCCUUUCAUACAAGGAGAACCAGUGACUGGGAGUAAGAAGCUACUUAUCAAGGCUUAAGGUGCUACCUUCAGUCCAUGCUUGAGUAGAGGAGCUCAGAUGGGAUUAAAGUCCACAUGGGGAUAUGGAAAAGGACCGGGGACUGGCACUGAGAAGAUGGUCAGUUGGAAUUCAUGUUGCCUUAUCUGCCUGGUGGUAACCACCAUGGCUGGAUUUUCAUUGGCUCGGCCAUCGUACAAUUUAGUUGGCGAAGACACCACUUUAGAACCUGAAGAGCCACCAACCAAAUAUCAAAUCUCUCAGCCUGAUGUAUAUUCUGUACUUCCGGGAGAUCCUCUCAAGUUGCAGUGUCAACUGAAAGAUGCCACCAAGAUUAGUUGGACUAAAGAUGGGGUCCAUUUGGUGCCUAACAACCGAACAUUCAUCACUGGGGAAUACUUGCAAAUUAAAGAUGUUACACCAAGAGAUUCAGGCCUUUACGCUUGCACUUCUUUUAGGACUGUAGACAGUGAUACCCUCUACUUCAUUAUAAAUGUUACAGAUGUUCUUUCAUCUGGAGAUGAUGAAGAUGACAACGAUGGCUCUGAGGAUUUUGUGAAUGACAAUAACCAAAUCAAAGGACCUACAUGGACGCAAAUGGAAAAAAUGGAGAAGCGAUUACAUGCAGUUCCAGCAGCGAACACCGUGAAAUUCCGUUGUCCAGCUACAGGAAACCCAACACCAACCAUGAGAUGGUUAAAAAACGGGAAAGAAUUUAAGCAAGAGCAUCGCAUUGGUGGAUACAAGGUACGAAGUCAGCACUGGAGUCUUAUCAUGGAGAGUGUUGUCCCAUCAGACAAAGGAAAUUAUACCUGUAUAGUGGAGAAUAUACAUGGAUCCAUCAAUCAUACAUACCACCUUGAUGUUGUCGAACGAUCACCACACAGGCCUAUCCUACAAGCCGGCUUACCAGCAAAUACUUCUGCAAUUGUUGGGGGAGAUGCAGAGUUCGUCUGCAAAGUCUACAGUGAUGCUCAACCUCACAUCCAGUGGAUAAAACACACAGAAAAGAAUGGAAGUAAAUAUGGACCAGAUGGAUUACCGUAUCUGACAGUUUUAAAGGCUGCCGGUGUUAACACCACGGACAAAGAAAUUGAGGUUCUCUAUUUACGGAAUGUAACUUUUGAGGAUGCUGGGGAGUAUACAUGCUUGGCGGGUAAUUCUAUUGGGAUAUCCUUUCACUCUGCAUGGUUGACAGUUCUGCCAGCUCCUAUAGAAGACAGACCAUACCCAACACCCCCAGACUACCUGGAGAUAGGCAUUUACUGUGUAGGGGUCUUCCUAAUUGUCUGUAUGGUGAUACCCGUCAUCAUGUGUCGCAUGAGAUCCACCACCAAGAAGCCGGACUUCAGUGGCCAACCUGCCGUGCACAAGUUGACCAAACGCAUUCCUCUGCGCAGACAGGUAACAGUUUCUGCGGACUCUAGUUCCUCUAUGAAUUCCAACACACCUUUGGUGCGAAUAACUACUCGUCUCUCUUCCAAUGCUGAUGCUCCAAUGUUGGCAGGAGUUUCAGAGUAUGAACUGCCAGAAGAUCCAAAAUGGGAAUUUCAAAGAGAUAAGUUGACGCUAGGGAAGCCCCUUGGGGAAGGAUGCUUUGGUCAAGUUGUCAUGGCGGAAGCAGUGGGGAUUGACAAAGACAGGCCAAAAGAAGCGGUUACUGUGGCAGUGAAAAUGCUGAAAGAUGAUGCUACAGAAAAAGACCUAUCUGACCUGGUGUCCGAAAUGGAAAUGAUGAAAAUGAUUGGGAAACACAAAAAUAUCAUCAAUCUCCUUGGGGCUUGCACUCAGGACGGUCCACUAUACGUGCUUGUUGAAUAUGCUUCCAAAGGGAAUUUGCGAGAAUACCUGCGAGCACGGCGGCCACCAGGAAUGGAAUAUUCAUUUGAUAUUAACCGGGUGCCCGAAGAGCAGAUGACGUUCAAAGAUUUAGUGUCCUGUACAUACCAGUUGGCAAGAGGCAUGGAAUAUUUAGCAUCACAAAAAUGCAUCCAUCGAGAUUUAGCAGCGAGGAAUGUUUUGGUAACUGAAAACAACGUCAUGAAAAUAGCUGACUUUGGGUUGGCCAGAGACAUCAACAAUAUAGAUUAUUAUAAAAAGACUACUAAUGGCCGACUGCCUGUAAAGUGGAUGGCACCAGAAGCUCUAUUUGACAGAGUUUACACACAUCAAAGUGAUGUAUGGUCAUUUGGUGUGCUAAUGUGGGAGAUCUUCACUUUAGGAGGGUCACCGUACCCAGGAAUUCCAGUGGAAGAGCUUUUCAAACUACUCAAAGAGGGGCACAGAAUGGACAAGCCUGCCAAUUGCACCAAUGAACUCUACAUGAUGAUGAGAGAUUGUUGGCAUGCAGUACCUUCUCAGAGACCUACUUUUAAGCAGCUUGUGGAAGAUUUGGAUCGAAUCCUCACUCUUACAACUAAUGAGGAAUAUCUAGAGCUCAGUGGACCAUUGGAACAAUAUUCACCUAGCUACCCUGACACUAGGAGUUCUUGUUCUUCAGGCGACGACUCUGUUUUUUCUCCUGAUCCAAUGCCUUAUGAACCUUGCCUUCCUAAGUACCAACACAUAAAUGGCAGUGUUAAAACAUGAAAAUAACCUUUUAUUAUAUAAAGGAAUAAGGAACCAAGAAUGUCUUUCUACCCACCAUGUGAAGAGAAUCUUUCUUCAGGCACACGUGGUUUUUGUUUGUACAUAUGAAAUGUAGGGACCAAAACAAAACAAAAAAUUGGAAAAUGUGCUCUGCACACACAGAAAUAAUUUUGUACUUUGGACCUCCAAACAAUUUUCAGAAGAAUUUUAUGGGCCACAUGUGGACACAAGUUGCCGGAUUACAGCUUGGGCCUGGACAGGUUUUUGACAUUUGAUGGACCAGUUGGAACUUGAGGCAAACACUGGGUCAGCCUUCCUUGUUUAUUUUGUAAUAUUUGGAGAAAAUAUAUGUUGACACACAAUUACAGAGCACAAAUGCAGUAUAUAGGUGCUGGAUGUAUGUAAAUAUAAUCAAAUAUGUAUAAAUAUAUAUUAUAUAUUUACAAUGAAUUAUUUUUUGUAUUGAUUUUAAAAAAAUGGAUGUCCCACUUUACCAAGCAAAUUAGUCUUUCGUUAAAAAAACAAACCAGCGACUUGUAAUUGUUCAUACACACAGACUUUUCUAAAAAAUAAAAAUUUCACCAUACAGAGGUGGAAAAUACCUUGCUUUCAGGGAAAAUGGUAUAUCAUUAAUUUAUUAAUUAAUUGGUAAUGUACAAAACAAUUAAUCGUUUAUCGGAUUGUGUUAUUUUGUAAUUUAAAUGGCAUUUCUAUGCAGGCAGCACAGAGAACUAGUUGAUAUAUUGCUCGAACAUUACUAGUUGUCAGAUUUUUUUUUUUUAAGAGAGAAAUAUUUACAGUAUAUAACUAAUAUUGGGAAUUAAAGUUUUGAUUAAUUUGGGUUUUUAAAGUUCAAUGAGAGGUUACUGCUCUAACUAAAACCAAAACUCUCAUGAAUAAAAAAAAAGUGUCCUUUAACAAGAAAGCAUGUUGCUCCCUGUCUCUUCAGUCAUACAGCUAUUUUGAUUAUCACACAUUAGAACCCUCAAGGGGCAGAACACUAAUAUUUAGCCAUCUAUAAAGCACUCUUUCUGGGCAAUUCCUAUUCAUUUUGCUGGACCUGCUCAAUGCAAAGCACCCACAUUCAGUGGCAAUAGAAAAGAGAUUCCAUAGGCUUCUGAAGUGAGGAAAGAUUCUAACUUGCUUAAAUGCGUGCUACAAUUCAAAACGCCCUAAAUCUCAGUAUUUACUCCUUACUGUAAUACAUCAGAUUGGCCAACACUGUUCAAUGAAUUUUCAAUAAUGCUAACAAGACAUUUUUAUCUAGCUUUCAAGGAUUCUCUGGAACUGUUACUGCCCUUAAUGAGAGAGCUGGGGUUGUCAUAGUGGCAAUUAUAGAAAUUCUCAUUGGAAUUCUGCCAUCUUUUAAAGGGGUGAUACUGUUCUAAUUCCAACACAGCUUUCCAAGUCAUUCCAUAGUGCCAGGCAUAAGCUUGCCUUUCAGAAAAGUGUUAUGUGUUCACCUUCAAACCAUCAUUCAGACUGGUGUAGCCAUGCAAUAUGAAUGCAAUUCGUACUGACUUUACAUAUUUAAAAAUGGGGGAGGGGCAAAAGUAUUAAUUUUUUUGUACUGACAAUAAAAAUCUUUCUACAGAUAUUAAUGUUAACAUUACGAAAUAAAUGUCACGUAUCUCUUUU